GCUCUUCCCCGUCGCUCCUCCCGGUGGCUCCUCCCCGGGGCGGUGCGGGCGGUGGGUCCCAGGCUCCGGAAGCGGCCCGUGCUGCUUGCCCAGCCGUUUCCUGCCCGGGACGCGGCGGAGCCGAAGCGGAGCGGUCCGGAGGCGAGCGGAGCCAUGACUCACCAGACCGGCAUCCACGCCACCACAGAAUUACGGGAUUUCUUUGCCAAAGCCCGAAACGGUUCGGUUCGGCUCAUCAAGGUCAUCAUUGAGGAAGAGCAGCUUGUGCUGGGAGCCCAGAAAGAGCUGUCCCGGCGCUGGGAUGCAGACUACGAUGCUUUGGUGCUGCCCCUGCUGGACGAGCAGCAGCCAUGCUACCUGCUGUACCGCCUGGACAGCCAGAAUGCCCAGGGCUACGAGUGGCUCUUCAUCUCCUGGUCCCCUGACAGCUCCCCGGUCCGGCUGAAGAUGCUCUAUGCUGCCACCCGAGCCACGGUGAAGAAGGAGUUUGGUGGGGGCCACAUAAAGGAUGAGAUGUUUGGAACAGUGAAGGAGGAUGUGUCCCUCAGUGGUUACCAAAAGCACAUGUCCUCUUGCUCUGCCCCAGCCCCGCUGACUGCAGCCGAGCAGGAGCUCCAGCAGAUCCGCAUCAACGAGGUGAAGACAGAGAUCAGCGUGGAGAGCAAGCACCAGACCCUGCAGGGCCUGGCCUUCCCUCUGCAGCUGGAUGCUCAGCAAGCCAUCCAGGCACUCAAGCAGAAGAAAAUCAACUACAUCCAGCUGAAGCUGGAUCUGGAGCGGGAGACCAUUGACCUGGUACACACAAGCCCCACGGAGAUCACUGACCUGCCCAAGAGGAUCCCUCAGGACUCAGCUCGUUACCAUUUCUUCCUCUACAAGCACUCACAUGAGGGAGAUUACCUGGAGUCUGUUGUCUUCAUCUACUCCAUGCCUGGGUACAAAUGCAGCAUCAAGGAGCGCAUGCUCUACUCCAGCUGCAAGAGCCGAUUGCUGGACACUGUGGAGCAGGAGUUUUGCCUGGAGAUAGCCAAGAAGAUUGAGAUCGACGAUGGAGCUGAGCUCACGGCAGAGUUCCUCUAUGAGGAGGUGCACCCCAAGCAGCACGCCUUCAAGCAGGCCUUCGCCAAGCCCAAGGGACCCGUGGGCAAACGGGGACAGAAGCGGCUGAUCAAGGGGCCUGGCGAGAACGGCGAGGACAGUUAGAUCCUGCGGGACCAGGCGCUGAACGGACAGCAUCCCCGCGGCACUUCCCGCCUUCCUCUCCUCUGACCCGGGGAUCUUUCCCUCCAUCUCAGCCUAUAAUUUUUUUUUUUCUUCCCUUCUUUUUUUUCUUACUUCAUUCCUUUUUUUAAACGUCAGGAUGGCUUGUUGCACCCUGGGGCAGAGCGAUGGGGAGGGUUUGGGGUUGUCGGUGUUUCCUUUCCCUCUGCCGUUGUGCAAGCCCUGGGGAUGAGAGCAGCAAGGUUGUGUCCCCCAGCCUUGUUCCUAUCCCCACCCCGGGGUCACAGCCGCUGCUCUCACUGUCCCCUGAAUGACCGAAGGACACAUUUGCCUGCAAGCUGCUCUAUGCAAAGGGAAGGGGGUGGUGUUUGGGAUUCCUGUUUGAAAAGAGAAAAUGCUUCUUUUUCUGCUCCCUCAGCCCCCAGAUUUUUCUCACCCAUCCUUGCUCUCACUGUGCAGAGCCCCUCUGCCCCAGGCCUGUAGCGAUCCUGCACCCCCCUCCAGGGUGCGGGCAGGACCUCUCCCUGCAGGGUGGGCUUUGCUGUUAGGAGUUUGUCCCUGGGGGGAAACCAGCUGGGGGGGAGAGGAAGGCA